AGGCGGAUGAUAUGGCAGCUUUGUGAGCGGCCAGGUGGAACCCAGCGCUCAUUAAUCCGCGAAGCUUUAGGUCGAUUUGACGAGGCUGACAGCCGAUAAAAGAUGAUCUAUUUAAUUCUGAUUUCCGCGUUUUCCGGCGCCGUGCUGACGCUGCUGCUGCAGCUGGCGCUGCUUUACCGGAGGAGCCCGGAGCCCGUGAAGAGAACCGAGCAGUACGGCCGAGCCGUGGUCGAUUCAGCGCUGAGGGACUACUUCCAGCACCAGCACCAGCAGCAGACGAGCGAGCAGGGCCAGAACCAACAGGAAGCCUCGCUGUCAUCCAGGCAGCAUGAGGGAAACGUCUCAAAACAGCCUCAGCCCCAGCCUCAGUCCCAAUCCCAAUCUCAGUCAUCUCAAUCCCAAUCCAAUUCCCAUUCCCAAUCCCAAUCCCAGGGCGAAACUGGAGUAGAAACCUGUGGCUUCCUCAAUGCAAUCUUCUUAUUCCUGUUCCGGGAGCUCCGGGACACCCCAGUGGUGCGCCACUGGAUCACCAAGAAGAUCCGGGUGGAGUUUGAGGAGCUCCUGCAGACCAAGACUGCCGGACGUCUCCUGGAAGGGCUCAGCCUCCGUGAGAUUUCCCUGGGCAACUCGGUGCCAGUCUUCAAGACUGCCCGGCUGUUGAAACCCGUGGCCACCAACGAGGAGGGUGUGCCGGAGGAGCUGAGCUUCGAGGUGGACCUGGAGUACAAUGGGGGCUUCCACCUGGCCAUCGACGUGGACCUGGUGUUUGGCAAGUCCGCCUACCUGUUCGUGAAGAUGACCCGGGUGGCCGGGCGCCUCAAGCUGCAGUUCACCCGCAUGCCCUUCACACACUGGUCCUUCUCCUUCCUGGAGGACCCCCUCAUCGACUUUGAGGUCAAGUCGCAGUUCGAGGGCCGGCCGCUGCCCCAGCUCACAUCCAUCAUCGUCAACCAGCUAAAGAGGGUCAUCAAGAAGAAGCACACGCUGCCCAACUACAAGAUCAGGUACAAGCCCUUCUUCCCAUUCCAAGUGCAGCCGUCGCCGGCCUCGUCAUGUGACUCGGAUUUAUCAGUUCAGGAUUCACGACUGGUGGAGGGACGUCUCCGUGUCACACUUGUUGAAUGUAGCAGGUUGUUUAUAUUGGGAUCGUAUGAUAGAGAGAUGUAUGUUCACUGCACCUUUGAGCUCAGCAGCCACGAAUGGAGGGAAAAACCUCGCAGCUCCAUCAAAACGACUGAAAUUAUCAAAGGUCCGAACGGUAGUGUGGGAAUGACGUUCCGGCACGUUCCGGCCACUGAAGGUGACGUGGUGCAUGUAAGCAUCGAGACGGUUACCCCCAACUCCCCCGCUGCCCAGGCUGACCUGCAGAAGGGAGAUCGCCUCAUAGCUAUUGGAGGAGUCAAAGUAACGUCCUCUGUCCAAGUGCCGAAGCUCUUAAAGCAAGCUGGAGAUCGCGUGAUUGUCUUGUACGAGAGGCCAGUCAGACACCAGGUGCCUGCCAUGGGCUUGGGGUCUCUUCAGGAGACCUUGCCCCCCCUAGAGGAGCCUGGAUACCCCACUGCUGGGGGUUACGAGGAGGACCCAGCCCACAUUACCACCAUGGACAUAACUGAUGGCAAAGACAAUGACUCAGAGUUUGAGGAACUGAUAGUGGAGGCCAAACCAGCUGGAGCUCCAGUCAGUGCAGAGGCUAAAGAGGAUUCCCUACUCUAUGUAAACCAAAGCCCUAAAAAGACUGUAGCCAACUUGGCCUCCAAGCCCCUGGGCACCAUCUCGCCAAUCCUCAACCGUAAACUCAACCUGUCCGGCCUUCAAUCCCCACUCAAACCCCAACCUAAAGAAUCACCAAAGCCCUCACCUCACAAGAGUGUGGAACCAUCUGAACCACCCCAGAGACCAACAGUGCCCCCUCCUCCUCCACCUGUUCGUCCCCCUGUUCCUCCAAGGCCCCAUAUAAAAGUGACAUCAGCUUCUUCUGAAUCCCAGAAUUCAUUGGAAGGCAGUGAUUCAGCAGUGGAGAAAUCCCCAGAAAAAAUUCCUCCUACUGCAGGCAAUGGAGACAAAUCUGCAUCUGAGAAAACGCCUCUAAAGGUUCCUGAGCCAAAGCCUGUAAACAAGCCUCCAGAGUCUACAGACGAACCCCUGCCAGCCCCUAUCACCAGUAAGCAAGAUCCAGCCAAAGACAAGAUAGUUGAAAGCUCAUCUGUCACGAAAGACAGUCUGGAUGAGCAGGGUCUCUGGGAGUCUUCUGAAAUAAUGUUCCGCAACAGAUAUGCUCGCUGGAGCAAGUCCUCUGUAGUGUUUGAUGUGGAAAGCAACCAUAAAUACCUUAAUGUAGCACUCUGGUGCAAGGAUCCCUUUAAGUUAGGUAGUCUCCUCUGCUUAGGACAUGUUAGCUUGCAUUUGGAGCAUAUAGCCCUUGAAUGCUUGUCUAUAUCAUCUGCGGAAUACCAGAGCACCUUUCGCCUGUGUGCUCCAGAACCCCGGGCCAGUGUCAGCCGUACUGCACUGCGCAGUCUGAGCACGCACAAGGGCUUCAAUGAGAAGUUAUGCUAUGGAGAUGUCACCCUCAACUUCAUCUACCUGGGAGAGGGUGAAAUGGACCUGCCUAGUGGACUUAGCGAGCGGGAGGGGAGCAUACAGGAUGAGGAAGUAAAGGAACGGGAAAGAGAAAAGGAGCAGGUACCCACAGUAACCCGGGAUGACAUAGGCUACAACUCCAUGCAGGGCAGUGAGGUUCGGCACAACUUCCAGGACACACAAUUCCAGAAUCCCACCUGGUGUGACUACUGCAAGAAGAAAGUGUGGACCAAGGCUGCAUCGCAGUGCAUUGUCUGUGCCUACGUCUGCCACAAGAAGUGCCAGGACAAGUGUCUUGCUGAGCAUCCUUUCUGUUUGGCGAUUGGUGACCGUCGCAGCACAGACCCUGAGUCCAAGUCCACCAUCAACCGGGCGACCACUGGUCUUACGCGCCACAUCAUCAACACUAGCUCCCGCCUGCUCAAUCUCAGGCAAGUACCCAAAGCCAGACUUGCAGAACAAGUGGCAGAGGUUGGACCUGGAGCUGCAGAACCCUCUCCAAAACACACGCCCAACACCUCAGACAAUGAGAGCAGUGACACAGAGACAUAUGCUGGGGCAAGUCCUUCGAAACAACCACCAGGCGGUGGUGGCACAAAACUGGCACGCAAGGAGGGAGGCUUAGAUGACAGCGUGUUUAUUGCAGUGAAGGAGAUCGGCCGGGACCUGUACCGUGGGCUGCCGACAGACGAGCGUUCGCAGAAACUGGAGCUGAUGCUAGAUAAACUCCAGCAGGAGAUCGACCAAGAGCUAGAGCACAACAACUCCUUGAUUUCUGAAGAGAGGGAAGCGACCGAUGCACGGCGCAAGGCCCUUAUCACCGCCGCUCUGGCAAAGUCUGGUGAACGGCUUCAGGCUUUGACCCUACUAAUGAUACACUACCGUGCCGGCAUUGAGGACCUGGAGUCCGUUGAGAGCACCUCGCCAUCUGAGCAGCAUGGCUUCCCUAAAUCGAAAGCAGGAGGUCUGGAGGAGGACCUGAUGGGUGCAGAAGUGUAUGACAGUGACAUUUGUAGUCCGGUGGAUGUGCAGAUGCUAGAUGAGAUUAGCGAGGAGCAGAUCUGUGUGGAGGCAUUGCCACGUUAGAUGACAAAAGGGCAACAGGGGCUUGAGACUCACAGCAAAGCAUUUAAUCACAGAAUUGCUAGAACUGUCUGAAACUGGCCAGCACUGGUAUUGUGUACAAGUUCCAGAAUUCCCAGAAUAUGUCUCAUUUUGGGGAUUCUUUUUCCUGUCAUUGCUGGUACCAACCUUUCUCCUAAUCCAAGCAGUACAAAUGUAUCAGUACAAAGUUUCAAAAGUCAAACAAGAACAGGAACUCUGGACAGUAUUAGGAUGAUAAUAGGACGAAUCUGUAUUGUUCUUGUUUUGGAUUGUCUUAGGAACUAGUAGAGAUAGGUCAGACCAUCUUGCCUAGGCUGAAAGGGGCAGUAGCAUUUUGCGUGUUAAUCUAUCACAACAGGCUUUGCAAAGGGAGAGCCCAGUUGUAGCAUCUGUCCACUGUCGCUGUCGGUAGAAGUCGGAUCACUUUUGCUGGACACAUUUCGGGAAACGUCCGAGACGAUCUGUCUACUUUGUUGUGAGCUUCAAGCCUUUUUGCCUUAGACAUUCUGCUGCCAACCAGUAGGAGUAGUGUUAACUACGAAAACCUAAACCGUAAAACGUGAUCCAGAAUGUGGAGCCUUUCUUCUUUUCCCAAGUCACAUUUUUAUUCCCCAUCCAUGUCCUCCGCAUGUGAGCACUUUUUAAUCAUUGUAGAUUUUCUUGUUUUGACUCAUUCUGAACGCUUGAGUCGUUUAUUUAUGUGUUGCUUCCUUUUAAAAUGUCUCAAUAUGUUGAAUUGCAAGGGAAUAAUCAUGGGACGAAUAGUCAUCGGGUUAUGACACUUUUUGGGGACCACCGUUUGGUUUGUUCAAUAUUGCUCAAGUUUAACUGCAAUGCCAAACAAAUGUGACAAAAUGUUUUUUUUGUGUGUGUGUGUGUGUGUGUCACCAUUGUUUUUAUUUUUAUUUUGCUGGAGGGAUAUUCCUAUUAUGUAAGUAAGUGUAUAUUAUGGUUAUGGGAUACCUGCCUCUUCAGUGUCCCCUCUUGUUAAUUUGAGUCUUCAUGGAUUUAAACAUGAUGGCAAGCUUUCCCGGAUACUUGAGAUUGAAGUUCCUUGAAUCCUUAACCUACUAAAUUAUGCAAUUUGGCAUUUGCCAUUUCGGUUUAUUUGAUCAACUGGUUGCUUUUACAUGGGUAUUAUGUUAGAGAUUUAAUUUUUUAAUGACUUUUCUUUCUGAGGAUGUUUGUAUUUUAUUUUUAUUCAUUUGGUGAGCAUUAAUAUAAUAUGUUUAGCACCCAUGUUUUGCUUCUCUUUGCCUUUCAAAGCCAAUUUCAUAAUAUACUAAUGAAUGUACUUCCCAAACAACUCAACUUAAUGCUAUCAGUGCAGAGAAUCUUUGGAGUUCACAUAAACUUUGCUCUACAGCUCAAUGAUGUCAUACGAACCAAGUAGUCAGAACACACUGAAUGUCCCUUGGCCCCAAAAGCCUAAAGCUGUAGUGUUCACAGCUAAUUAUUAGCUUUCUCCCAUAGGCUGAAAUUGUAUUUAGCAAACCCUAGCACUGAGCCAAGCAGUGUCCUACUGUAAAAACAGUGCAGUGAGUACAUGUAUGGUAUGCUAGAAUGGGGGGACACUUUCAUAUACAAUCCAAACAUGCGUGAAAUACCAGCUGCAUAGUGUCCGUGAUAUGUAACAAUACAUCAGAAAGGUUUUCAGAUUGCUUAAUUACUCAUGUUUGACUAUCGGGGCACCAGUUGAGGAAGCACACAAGGAUAUGAAAUGCUGUAUUUCAAAAUUUCUGCAUAAUUCAAUUGCUGAGAUAUAAACAGUCAUUCAGAGUGGUUUGUUGUGAUGAUUCAUUGUAGAGGCUGUGGUGGUGAUAGGAACCAAGGGUUGCUGUGUGUACAACACAAAUAUAGCCAUUUUAUUUACCAUGCAAGACCACCAGUGAACCUAUACGUGUCUUCUGAGCUUUUAUAUGGAAUGAUAAAGAUGGUAGAAUAGUGGCACACUUUAAAGAAAUCUGAAAAAGUAGCUUUCUUGGGGUCUAUUUUGGCUUACAGUGCCCUUCACCAUGGAGUUUAAAAAUUUAGGCCUUCUCAAAACUAUUGUAAAACAUGGUCUGGUUCCUAUCACCACCACUGUGAACAAUUGUGACUCCAGGUUUCCCUAGAACAGAGCAUUUCACACCAAACCACUCUGAACAACUUUGUUUACAUCUUAUCCAUUAAAUUGUGCGUAAAUUUUAGAGCCGGGCCUUCUGUAAUAUAGAGGAGCCUCUUUACUGCUGUAGGACCACCUAUUUCUGCAUUUGUGCAAUAUUUUCAUAGGGAAAUCACAGUCCCGGUGAAGCCAGGAGGGAACAUUAUGGUCCGUUCUUUAUCUCUCUGUCUUUAAGAAAUGGUCGGUCCAGACGCUAAGGUGCCCUGUUGUUUAGCCCUGGGCUAAGGCAUCAGUGGACGACUCUCUGGAAAGCUUUUUUUGAGUUUUUUCUUGUUCUUGUUUCUCGUAGCUGCUGCUGCUGCUGUAACUGUAACCCUGUGCUCCUUAAACACAACAGAACCUCUCUCUCUUUCUCUCAAGUUCUCUUUCCUGUCGUCUCACAGUGAUAAACAAAACGUGUCUGCCUCGGCUAGUUUUUGUGGUGAAACCUUUCUGCAAGAGCCGUCGUUCUCAUCGGAAGCUGAGUCAUGUUUCUUAAGCUGCAUUUAGACAGCCGGCUCUAAUCAGAUUGCUUCUUCUUGCCUGUUCCUUAAACCUGAUUUGAGCGUGUGGUCAAGCUUCCGGACGCUUCCGGCUGGAAAAAAAAAUAUGAGGCUAGUUUAAAAAAAAAACAAACAGCAGGUUUAAUGUGUUUGGACUCUCUGAGGACCGAGGGGAAACUGAUUUUAGCUAACUGUCUAAAUGUAGCUUUAGCGCUAUUGUAAAUAGCCUGAACAGAGAUGGUUGCUGCAAACUCACAC